AUGCCGUGGGCCACUCCCGAGCAGCUCGAGUACAUGAGUACAAAGGUUCUAGCUUACCACGCCACGGUGAAGGGGACAGCUGAGCGUAGAAAGUUCAACGCGGAGGUUCGUCAAGGUUGGUCGGAGCGGUGGCCUUUAUUGGACCAACAUAUCAGGAUGUUUUCCUCGUAUUUCCGCGAGGAAUUGAUCAAACGGGGCCUUGUCCCAAGGCGCAAGCGCAAGCCAGCGCCCAAGAAGCCAAAUCAGCCGAAGGCUACUCCAUCAACCCCCCCCGAUGCCCCUGCUCGUCUUCCUCUCGCUUGGACAUCUCACCAUCAAGACACACGCUCAUUGGAGCCGACUUCGGAGCUGAUCUUGGCGACUCGUUCCCCCGUCGCUUCGACAUCAUUCAGGGAGGAUCCGCGCCCCGUCGAGGACCUCAUUCUCGGUCUCUCGAUCACCCCGCGAGUGACCCCGCCUUUAGAUUCCUCACUGCACCCUCCUUACUCCCGCUCGUCGACAGUCUCAGUUGAGAGACUUCUUUUACAAGAUGUAGUGAGCUCGCCCCCACCGGAUGGCAGAGAGAGACGGGACGAUGAAACGAUAGCCCCUCUUCCUCGGCAGGUACGGCAGCGAGCUGCGACGCGGUCCCUCCGCUUCCAACUGAACCUACCGGGAAUUGAGCACGACGAUGUACGUCUUUUCGUACAAGACCAACGGCUGGCUGUUUGCGCGCAUAACUCAAGCGUAUCGUACGAGUGGGAGAUGGACCUUGGUGGCAAUAUCUUGCCGGACCGCGUCCACGGCGGGAUCGUCUCGGGAGAUCUACGCCUCGCUGUCACCGUCGAGGAAGCCGUGGUCGCCGAUGUCGAUCACUGGGUGUUCACGAUCACCAAUGAAUGGCCAUGGUAG